AUGUCUUUGUGCGAAAAAAGUGUUUGUGAGUAUCCACCCCUCCACCCAAAUACACCUCCCCCUCCCCCUUCACCUAAUUCACUCGAGCCUCCUCCCUUUCCCCAAAGAAUAAGUGCCAGUUCGGACAUCGUGCACCAGUCGGUGUACGAGCUGGUGCACAGCGAGGACCGCGAGGAGCUUCAGCGGCAGCUCAUGUGGAACUCGUUCCUGGCGCCCGAGGGGGCGGGGCUGGCGCUGCAGGACGUGCUUCGGCCCGACCACGCGCACCUGCUCGAGCGCUCCUUCACCGUGCGCUUCCGCUGCCUGCUCGACAACACCUCCGGCUUCCUGCGGCUGGACAUCCGCGGCCGCGUGAAGGUGCUGCACGGGCAGAACCGCAAGACGGAGGAGCCGCCGCUGGCGCUGUUCGCCAUCUGCACGCCGUUCGGGCCGCCGUCGCUGCUCGAGAUCCCGCAGAAGGAGGUCAUGUUCAAGAGCAAGCACAAGCUGGACCUGGCGCUGGUGUCGAUGGACCAGCGCGGGAAGCUGCUCCUGGGCUACUCGGACGCCGAGCUGGCCAACCUGGGCGGCUACGACCUCACAGGCGCGUCGGGGAUGAUCGCGUACCGCUUCCAGACGAAGGAGGGCGGCUGGCAGUGGCUGCAGACGUCGUCGCGGCUCGUCUACAAGAACUCCAAGCCCGACUUCGUCAUCAGCACGCAUCGGCCGCUCAUGUGA